CGUUGACAGCAUGGUUCAGACCAAGAAGCUGACGACCCGCGCCGUGGAGGGCCUGCGCAAGAAGCGCCAGAAGAAGCAGCGGGUGAGUAAGGCGCGGAUGAAGAAGCGCAAGUACAACAAGAAGGAGCUGGAUCAGCGCAAGCUCAAGGUGGCCAUCAACCAGAACAUCGAGCGCAUCAUGGCCAAACGGCUCGAGCGCGCCUCGCGGUUCUCGGUCAACAAGAAAGCUCUCGGCGUUGUCAAGGCUCUUCCCAAGUCGGAGCUCCUCACCAAGGGCAAGAAGAAUGUCCGCAAGACUGCCGAUGAUGACGAUUAGACGACGAGACUGCUCGCCGCGCGCCGACCUCUCAUCGUGCGCACGCCAAACCUUGGACCUCUCAUUGUGCGCGCGCCGACCUCGCAUCGGGUGCGUAUCGCUAUCUAUUGUGCACCACAAUCACGCACACACACUUGCAUCCUGCCUCGACAACAUGGCGCGUGAUGCAGAGAGGCUGCGCCAUCGGCCAGCAUGGCGCCGGCAUCGGGCGCUGGCCCCGAGCGGGUGGUAAACCCGUCGGCAGACAGCAG